UUAUCGCAAAAAUCUCGAUUUUUUAUCUCCCAAACGCAGGAAUUUCCCGUCUCGAAGUGUCAAAAGUGGAAAGUGUGGUGAAAUCGCGACGCGAAAUAUGGAAGUGAACAGUGAAAAUUUGAUUUCAACGUCGCCCGCGACAACUCCGGGCCAAAAAAAGAUGAAACAAACACGUUUGCCAUUUGCAAUUUUGAGUCCAGUGUCGACAGAAAAGUCUUCCGCCACAACGCCCGUCGCUCAAGACACAAAGAAACGAAAAUUGUCUGGCAGCGACGAGGCGGAAGUUGCUUUGCCCGCAGCAAAAGUUGGCAAAGUGCUGUCGACGACAAAGAAAAAAGAGAAUAUUACGCAGGAAGUUAUCGAAUUGGUGGAUGACAGUGAAGAAGAGGCAGCGAAAGAGAGUGCUGGAGACACGAGCAGCGGUAAAAUUCACAUAAAAUUGGCAGUGAAAAAGCAAAAUAAUAAAAAAUUAAAGUUGGAAAAGUCAGCUGAGAAGGCGAAAAAAACGCCAAAAAGUCAGAAAAAGGAAAAAUUGAAGAAAGAAGAGAAAGAUCAAAAAGAAAUCGAGGAACCGAUGGAAGUUGUUUGCCUCGACGACGACGAAGAUGACGAACCAAAACCUCUGGAAGUCUCAAUUCUCGAGGAAAAUGUCGAUUCCGAGAAGGAAGAAGAAGAUUUUAAAGGAUUUUCGGAGGAAAAAAACCUUCCAAAGCCCGAAUUUCAGGAAAAAUCCAACUCCAGCCCAAAAAGUGCCGAUAAAACUGUCGACGAAUCGGAUCUCGAUGUGUCCACAGCUGACUUGAACGAAUCCGUGCCUCAGAGUGAAACAAAGUCCAAAGGCACUCCCGGCUCGGGGAUUAAAAAAUCUCACAAAAAAUUGUCGGAAGAAGAAAAAAUCAAGCGUCAACAGGAACGCGAAGAAGCACGUCGCUUGGAACGUGAAGCGAAAGAAGCCCUGAAAAAGCAAGAACGGGAGGCCAAAGAAGCUCAACGUCUCAAAGAAAAGCAAGAAAAAGAGGCAAAAUUACAAAAAGAGCGCGAAGAGAAGGAAAAUCAAAAAAGACUUGAACGCGAGGAGAAAGAAAAAAAGAAACAAGCCGAAUUGGAGCAAAAACAGGAGGAAAAGAGACAAAAGGAAUUGAAAAAAGAAGAAGAACGCCUCAAAAAAGAGGAAGAAAAACAAAAGAAAGAGCUGGAAAAGCAACAACGCGAAGAAGAGGAACGUCGCAAAAAAGAAGAAGCCGGUCAAAAAUGGAAAAAAUCCGCUCAAUUGAUGGAAAAAUUCUUCGUACCGAAGAAAACGGGACAAAAACAACCCGAAGAAGAGUCUUCCAACGAUUCCGAGAAAGCUCCAACCACGACACAGAACUUUAUGCCAUUCCAGGUGAAGGAAAAUAUGCGACUUGCACCCGUUACGCGAGGAAAUCUCGAUACUGGGAGACGUGAGGCACUCGAACGAACUCUCAACAAUGGCGAACCACCGGCAGUGUUGACAUAUUUGAGCCAAUUAAAGCGGGACAGUGGUUACCAACCGGGCAAAUCGGGCUCUGUGACGUGGCAGGAGGAGGAUGACUCGCAAGAUAUCAUCGUGAUUGACACAAAAGGCGAGGAACAUAUCGAAACUGUCAAAAAACCGAAAGAAAAAUAUCGUGCCAAGUUCUUGCAUUUCCAUGAAAAUCGACGUCCAGCAUAUUACGGAACAUUUCGCAAAAAAUCUAAGAAGAUUAAUGGACGAAAGCCGCUUGGAGUUGACACACAAAUGUUCGAUUAUGAAGUCGAUUCUGACGAAGAAUGGGAGGAAGAGGAGCCUGGCGAGUCGUUGCAUGGCUCAGACGACGAAAAGGACAAAGAUAAUGUGGAUGAUGAUUAUGAGGUCGACAACGAUUUCUUCGUGCCCCACGGUCAUUUAAGCGACGAAGAGCUCGAACCCGAUGGCGAACUCGCUACCGAAGACAAUUCACCCGAAGCGCAAAAGGCCCGUCUCAAAAUAAUGCAACAAGAAUUCCAAGAAGAGCACAAAAAGAAGACGGAAAAGAUCAAACCUCGCAUUAUCGGCUGUAUUUGGGUCCGUUCCAGCCUCAGUAAGGCCCAAGACCAAUGUUCGCCCAUCGUCUGGGAAAUGCUAUCGGCACGAGCGAUGCUUUUUGCCGAACCCAUUACCUCAAUUCCCGACGAUCCGGAAGACGAGAAACCCGAACCCGCAAAUGUGGCACCGAAAAAAGUCAAAAUUACCGAAGACGGUAUGAAGGAAUUAAUCCGCCUCGUGCACGGCAAUCCGAACAGCAAAAAAUUCCUCUCGGACGAGUUUGCGGCAUAUCGCAAGCAAAAAUACGGCGAAGACGAGGGUUAUCAGGAAUUUAGUUUCAUCGCGUCCAAAAUUAAGGAGAUUGCGGAAUACAAGCAAAGCAACGAAGAAGGUCCGAUGUACAAAAUUAACGCGUGGUACGUAAAACCGGAAAUUCUCGAAAAAUAUCAACUCACCGACUUGCCGAUCAUCAACACAUGGAGUUAUGUCUUGAACCCCAAAACUGUCAUCACGAAGGACACGGCGCCCAAAAAAGCCGCCACAACGCCAGCUGGCGUCAAAAAAGUACCUGUCAGCGACGAAGCGAUGCCGGAUCUCAUUCGUCUUGUGCACGGCAACACGCGAAAUCGACAAUUUCUCGUCGACGAGUUCCGCACGUGGCGCAAAAACACUUUUGGGCAUCUCGAGGACUUCCAGGAGUUCCAUCACAUCGGAAGUCGCAUCAAGAAAAUCUCCGAAUACAAAAAGUGCGACGACGACGGACCCAUGAAGGGAAAAAUGGCGUAUUUCGUAAACGAGGCAGUUUUGAAGCAAUACGGCUUGGAAGACAUUUCCCUGCCAAACACUUGGCAAUAUCACACAGUCGAGACGAAGAAGAAGGCACCAAAAACCGCCGAAACGGAGGAAAAAAUGGACGUAAGUGAUACGCAGCAGCAGCAGCCUGGAGCUGGACCACUCACGAAAUUCGCCGUGAAAUUAACCGAAGAAGAGAGACGACAAUCUCUGGCAGCACUGAAAACGUCACCGAAACAAGCGACGACGCCAACUGCUCCGCCUCCGCAGAAGAAACGCGUUCAACUUUUGAUGUCGGUGCCACGCGGCGAAGCCAUCUCCGAAGCCAAGAAAAACAACCUAAUUAGCCAAUUUUUGCAGCGAAGCAAGACCGACACCACCCCGAAAAAUCCGACAAAAAAUGACGAUGAUGACGUCAUGAUCAUUGAUUGAACACACAAAUCUGAAUUACAAAAAAAAAAUAAUUUUCAUCUUAAAAUAAGGAAAAAAAAUAACAGAAAAUUAAUUAAUUAAUAAACAUUUA